GGUUCACUUGCCUUCUGCACCCAAGGCGGUGUAGUUGUCAAAUUGUAUAUAAUGAAGGUGAGUGCAAGUAGGUGCAAGCACAGCGUGUAUGACAAUUUUAUAGAUCAGAAAUGAGCCCAAGAAAACUUAGAUGACAAACCCCUGGUCUGUCCUUAGAGUGAAGGUGCUGGAGGACCUUGAAGAACUUAUUUCUGACCCAGCACAUAAGCCACAGUAGAACAGUGAUCAAGUGCCAAUCAGUUCUACAGUUUAUUUUUCAAAGACUUACCCAGAAGUGUCAGACCUAGCCACUAUCAUGACAGAGUCUAAUACUGGGCUGGUUUAACCCAAGGGGCAGUUGUAUAGAAUUAAUUUGUGACCACCCCUCCUGCCUUACAUUUUCUUGAAUUCCGAGCAAAGCUUUUUUGGCUGCUUCUGCCUUUUUUCAGUGGUUCCUUGGAACAAACCUUCUUGGUUUCUAUUUCCUGCUGCCUCCUACAGCCCUGCACUUACACGAUAAAAAGAAGUGUACUUUCUAGUCUCAUACAAGGAGACCAGGAUAGCGACAGGUCUGUGGUAGUGAAUGUAGGGGUGAAAGCAGGUUAUAUAAACAAAGGGAGAGUAGAGAGGUGCUUGGCUCUGGGGAAGAGAGAAGAGCAUUGUAUGUUUAGGUAGAAAGCGAAAGAUUAAAACACAGGGAUAUUGUUUGAUUAUUUGAUCAUAUAAAGAUUAGACUAGGGAGUGAUGUCAUGUGCUAUUCAUUCUCUCCAUGUUGCUGACACCAUUCUGUAGAACAAUGGGUAUAGUUAGAGGAGAUUAUGAGAAUGGUUGAUGGUAGAGUUCCAAAAAUUUGGUGAUGAGUUGAUGACUAAACAUAUAAGGAAACUGGAGCAUCUCUGAGACCUAAAGGAAGUGAGCUGUGCAUGUGGUAGGCAGUGGGUGGGUACAUACGGGAAAAGGGGGCAAAGAACUGUUGAAAAGGAGCAGAUAACUACCCUAGAAACAAUUGUGCUUCUGGAGGUUUAGACAAUGGUGCCAUGGCUGCUUCUCCUUCUUCUACCCACCUCGGUCCACAAUCUGAAUCUGGAUAAGAAUCCCCAAAUCCUGUCUGGACCCCCUGGUAGCUACUUUGGGUUUUCCAUGGACUUCUACACUACUGCUGACCACGGGAUGAGCAUUGUGGUGGGAGCUCCAAGAAUGCAGACAUCCCAGAUAAACGUCACAGUGGGUGGUGGUGUCUUCCUAUGUCCAUGGAAGCCCAAGGGCAGUAGCUGCACCAACAUAGAAUUUGAUGGGACAGGUGAUCGGAGUGUUCUGUUUGCUGGAUACACAAUGAAGGUCUUCAAGUCCAACCAAUGGUUUGGGGCGACAGUCAGAACCUGGGACAAAGCUAUUGUGGCAUGUGCGCCCUUUCAGCAAUGGAAUGUCAUCAGAGAGGGCAAUGAGUCUGGCACAACUCCCACUGGGGCAUGCUACAUAACUAACAACCUGCAGGACAUCUAUGAAUUUGCCCCCUGCAGGGAGAGCAAAACGGUUCAUAAUUAUGUGGCUGACAAAAGAUUUUGUGAGCUGGGAUUCAGCGCUGAGAUAAAUAAGGAUGGGACCCUGUUAGCUGGAGCACCUUGGGGUUAUUAUCUAGGCCUGUACGUCACAGCAGGACUCCCCAAUAUUCUGGCAAGGCACCCCUCAUCCGCCCCCAUGCAGUCGUACCACAGCCAACAGAUCUCCCCGGUUAUUGGAUCCUCCUAUGAUUCAUACAAAGGUUUCUCAGUGGCCUAUGGGGAGUUUACAGGCGAUAACACCCCAGAGAUUAUUCUCGGCAGCCCAAAAUACCAAGAUAAAGGAAUUGUUGAAAUUUACACAGUUUCUAAUCCAUGGAAAAAUCUUAUCAGCUUUAUAGGAAAACAGAUUGCCUCCUACUUUGGCCACUCUGUUGCUGCUACUGAUGUUAAUAACGAUGGGAAGGAUGAUGUUCUGGUGGGGGCUCCACUUUUCAUGGUACGGAGGACUGGCGGGAAGCUGCAGGAGUUCGGACAAGUUUACGUGUACCUGCAGAGGAAUAACAGAAGAUUCAGCUUUAACCACCCGGUCCUUACUGGGUCCCGAGUUUAUGGUCGCUUUGGAUCUUCCAUUGCUCCUCUAGGGGACAUUGAUCAAGAUGGGUUCAAUGAUGUGGCUGUGGGCGCUCCAUUCGGGGGAGAAUCUGGGGGAGGCUGUGUGUAUAUUUAUCGAGGAUCCACAGCUGGUCUGUUCCCCCAACCUUCACAAAUAUUGGAAAGUCCUCUACCUCCUCCAACCCAGUUUGGCUUUGCACUAAGAGGAGGGACGGAUAUCGACAACAACGGAUACCCAGAUCUGCUGGUUGGUGCAUUUGAAGCAGACAAAGUCUUUAUAUUCAGGGCCCAGCCUGUUGUUGUUCUCCAGGCCUCAUUGUUCUUUCACCCAGAAGCUCUGAACCCAGAUGUAAAACUCUGCAACCUUCCUCAGAAUGGCGCCGCUGUCAGCUGUUUCACAGUCCGUGUCUGUGCUCGAGCGUCAGGCCGUAGCCUUCCGAAGAAAAUCAGUCUCUCAGCUGACCUCCAACUGGAUCGUCUAAAGACCAGAUUUGCCCGAAGAACUUUCUUCUUGGAUUCCUCCCAGCCGAGUAAAACCAUAGACAUGGAACUUCAUAGCAACUCAGCUCAGCUCUGCCAUAACCUCACAGCCUACUUGCGGGGAGAAUCUGAGUUCAAGGAUAAACUAAGUCCUAUAGCCAUGAGUGUAAACUUCAGUCUGACGAGAGCACAGUCCAUGGACACAGUUCAGCCCACCCUGCAUGGGACCACCUUCCUACAGGAGCAGACUAAUAUACUAUUGGACUGCGGUGAUGACAAUGUUUGUAUACCAAACCUGCAUCUAACUGCCAACUGGUCUGCCGAUCCUCUAGUUAUUGGGGUAGAUAACCUGGUACACAUCGAAUUUAUUGCCACCAAUUCUGGAGAAGGAGCCUAUGAGGCGGAGCUCUACGUCUGGCUGCCACCAGGGGCACAUUAUAUGCAAGUCUUGGGGGAGGCAGAGGAGAAGAUUCUGUGUUCCCCCAAAAAGGGGAAUGAAUCGGAAGUUGUGGUGUGUGAGUUGGGGAACCCAAUGAAAAAUAAAGCAGAGAUUCAUGCAGACCUACAGCUCAGCUUCAGUAACCUGGAGGAUUCUGGGAGCACCGUCACCUUCCAGAUGCAGAUAAAGAGCCGCAACACUGUUAAUUCGACGAGCUCAGUCUUUUUGGUGGAGAUGGCAGUGAAGGUGACGGCAUUCUUAGAACUUCGAGGGAGUUCUCACCCUGCCGAGGUUGUUCUUCCAUUACCCAACUGGGAACCAAGGGAGGAAUCAACAAAGGCCCAAGACUAUGGGGAGGAGGUGACACAUGUCUACGAGCUACACAAUGCUGGCCCAGGCUCAGUCCAUGUCCAGCUGGUUCUACAGAGCCCAGAAACCUAUCAAGGUGACUACUUCCUGUACCCUCUGCGUUUGGAGGCCGAUGACAGAAUGACCUGUGGAAACCAAUCAAUGCUCAACCCUUUACAGUUGGACAUUCUCACGCCUACUGAAGAACCUGCCAACUACAGCAGCAGGAGUGGGGACCACAGGCUGGAAAAAAGAGAGCUCAGGAGAUGGGAUACUGAUGAGGGUAUGGAGGGUGGAAUGAACAGCACAAAGAAAGGAGAAAAGACUCCUCGCAAUCAUACAGUACUACUGAACUGUAGCAGUUUUCUAUGUUGGAAAGUGGAAUGUUCUAUACAAAAUCUGGAGAGAGGGGAGAGAGCAACAGUGAAACUUCACUCGAUACUUUGGGUGCCCAGCUUUCUAAAGAGGCAACAACAGCAGUUCAUCCUCCUUUCUCAAGGUUCCUUCCGGGUAACCUCCGUCCCUUAUAAGAUCCAGCCUGCGAUUCUGUUGGCCGGGAAAGCCACAGCAAACACCACUGUUUUGUGGGCGAGUCCCGAUGGCCAGAAGGAGAUCCCACUUUGGUGGAUAAUUGUGGGGGCCCUGGGAGGACUAUUUCUCUUGGCGCUUUUUGUAUUUGUCAUGUGGAAGCUUGGAUUUUUCCACCGGACCAGACCUCCCUCUGAUGACCAGGAGGAUUUAACUAGUGACUAAUGGCUUUUACCCUAUGAAAAUACCUUCAUAAUCUACAACACUGAUCCUUCCUACAUUGGCUGUCAAUGCACUGUUUAUACAUAGGGAUAUCCCACCUGUGGCCCAGCUGUUCUUAGGUUUUAGUUUCCUCCAUCCUCCAAUAUCCUAGAUUUACAGUUUAGGAUUUGGGGUGGUGGUCCCCCAGCUGAAGGGAAGUGGGAGCCCAGUGCUGAGUUCUAUAACAGAAGUAGUUUGUAUAAUGGCUAAGUACAUUAAUAUGCUCAGGCUGUACAUCUGCAGUCACUCUCUAGUCUUUCCAGUAGUCUGGCUUCUCCAGCUUUUGCUAAACUGUUGGGGAAGGAAGUAGAUAUGCUUUCUAAGGAAAAAAAGGCCUCAGUUUGGACAUCCCACUUCUCAUCUGGCGCUAGACCCUCCACAUAUAAUUUGCCAGCAGCGAAAUCCAUUUCAACAUUAAAUGACCUUUCAAUUCUUGUUAAUUUAAGAGAUUAUUAAAUAAACUUUAGAACAAUUCAUUGAUUUUA